AGUUGUCUUUUCAGAACCUCUUUAUAAGAACUAUGUAAGUUAGUAUUUUUUGGUAACUAGAGCUCUUAAGGCGAUGAAAUAUUUAUACGAACAUUAAUCUUUUUUCUGUUUUGUGGAGAUCCCAAGAAACAACUUCUGAGUCAACUGGGGGUUCAGAGAGCCCCUAUAAUUGAAAGGUCUUCAGAUUCAUUCAGGAACCAGCUGUAAUAAUUUAUGCAUUUUUGCUAGAAUCGGAAGGGGCCGUACAGACUGUCUAGUCCAACCCCCUGCCCAGCGCAGGAUCAGCCUAAAGCAUCACUGACCAAUAUUCAUCCAGACUCUUCUUGAAAACUGCCAGUGAGAGGAAGCUCACCACCUCCCUAGGCAGCUGAUUCCACUUUUGAACUACUCUGACGACAAUGACAUCUAAAAAUGUCACUACCUCUACCACUGAAAUUAACAUGGAUGAAGAGAUGCAGUUGCCACUGGAAGACCCAAGAGGUGCAGAGGGAGAAAACUCAUUUGAAAUUCCUCGUAAGAGAAAGAAAAAAAGUAACAAAUAUGAAGCCUUUUCACCUGAGGAGAAAGACUGGCUGAAGAAAUAUAAAACUUGGGAAUCACAGACAAGGAAGAAUCUCAAGAGUACACAUAGCAAAUUGCUUGGUGAUUUAUCUCAACCUGAUGCACAGAAAGAAAUUCAGUAUCUCAAGAACCGUUUGAAUGCCUUGCAGGAGAAGACUUCCUUGGACCCCAUAUACAUUGGGUUUCUUGGGCGAACAGGCGCAGGGAAGACCUCCCUCCUCAAUGCCAUUCUAGGGAAGAAGCUGUUUCUGCCAGUGUCUGGGAGCAGUGUGUGCACUUCAUGUGUGGUACAAGUAAAUACAAGCAGUGCUGAACAGUAUGAAGCCACGGUUCACCUUCUCUCAGAUGAUGAGUGGAAAGAAGAGAUGAAAAAUCUUGUGGCAAUUUUGAGCAAGAAUGGGGAUGAUGAUGAUGAUGACUAUAGUGAAUGUGUGAAUGAUGCCAUUGAAAAGCUCCGUGUACUUUAUGGGAUGGGAGCUGAAGAAAAAACGUAUGAAGACUUGUUGAAGACCAAGCUUCAACAGUCUAUUCCUACCAAAGGAGCCAUUGCAAUCAAGGCACAGGGGGCAGAAGAGCUGUCCCAAAAACUGGAUCCUUAUAUUCGUGUUCGAGAUGAAGGUACUGAUAGGCUCUGGCCACUGAUCAAGUACGUGGAAGUGACUGUUCCAGGGUCAGACAUCCUUCCAGAAGGCAUCGUAUUUUUGGAUAUUCCUGGUACAGGAGACUUUAACAAAAGGAGGGAUGAGAUGUGGAAACAGAGUAUUAAUAUAUGUUCAGUCGUCUGGAUUAUCAGUGACAUUGAGCGCGUUAACGGAGAGAAGGUCCAAGCCAGGUUACUGAACGACAGCAUCACGGCCUUCCGUGCAGGGAACUGUGUUGACUUUGCUAUGGUGGUCACCAAAUCAGAUAACAUUAAACUUGAAGAAUACAGAAGGGAAAGAAAAAAUAAAAAUGGUCCCGUUGAGAAUGAGCAUGAUGCCAUUUUAGAGAGGAACCAAGAUGUGAGGAGCAAGAAGGAGAGAAGCAUUAAGGAGAAGCUGCAGAAAAAAUUGCCACCUGAUUCAGAAGUCUUUAACAAAGAGGACAAAUUGGUUUAUACAGUCAGUGCCCAAGAGUUCUGGGAGCCAAAGCACCUCAAACAAGGAGAAACAGAGAUACCAGAGCUGAGGGCGUACAUCAGGAGACUCUAUCUGAAGGAGAAGCAGAAACUGGUGAAAAAUUAUGUGACUGAAGUGUUGAGCAUUCACAAGCUGGCUAAGAAUUAUGGUUCCAUGCCACAGCUUGAGGAUCAAAUGUUUCAGAAAAGUGGUGUGGAAGAAUUGAUGACGAAGGAUAUUGACUCUUUGGAGAAGAACCUUGAAAUAUGUUUUGACAAGAUAAAACAAACCUUCCCUAGGGAUGUGGACCAUGCCAGAAGGAACUACAAGCAAAUUGCUUUAAACUUACUCACAAAAGCUGAAGGAUACAGAGGUUAUCACAGGACCCUGAAAGCGGUGUGCUUGAAGGAUGGUGUCUAUGCCUCUAAGAGUUUUGCACGCAUUGAUUUCAAUGAAAGCCUUGCCAAGCCCAUCUAUGAUGAAAUUGGGGUCAUGUUUGAAAACAUCUUCAGGUCCCAAAAUGUUACCAGAUCCAGUCUGUGGUCUCACCUGGAAAUGUUUAAAAAUUGUGUGAUGAUCAAAAUACGCCAAAUUGGAAAAGACAACAGCCUGCCAAAUGAUAAUAGCCAGAGUGAAAUUUUCCUUCAAGAAACAAAUGUAAUCCUGCAAAAGCUAGAAAAAGAGAUUCUCCAGAGGAAGUCACAUAUCUACCAGAGUCUUUGUGCGUCUAUUCAAAGUGAUCUGAAGCCCCACUAUAAAAUGGCCUCAGAAGUUAGGGGUCAUGGAGCCUGUGGGUGGAUGAAGACCAUCCUCAUGGAGGGCAUUGAGAACGAGGUCAAGAACAAGAUGUUUGAGAAGGCCAAAUCCAACAUGGAGAGCCAGUUCCAGGAACUGAAGAGAGAUAUCUUGCUGAAUCUGAAGGAAAACAUUUCCAUUGUGUUCAAGUCGGUCUUCUUGCAACAGGAACGGGUUGCUGUGCACAUAGCAGAUAUUGAGAAUGAAUGCAGAAAAAUCCAGGAGAUCUAUAACGAGUUACAAAACAAUAAUUAACGAGAAAAAGAUUUUGUUUCUUAAAAUACAGGGGUUUUUUUGCAAGCUAGUUAUAGUUCACAUCACAACUGGUUGGGCACUGUGUGAAACAGGAUGCUGGACUAGUUGGGCCACUGGUCUGAUUCAGCAAGGCUUUUCUUAUGUUUUUAUAACGCUAUAUUUCAACUUGGGUGAAGGGCCUUAUAGAUUAUGAACCUUUGGAGGAUUCAUACAUUUUGAUAUUCUUUUAAAGUUUCAGUGUAGCAGGAUUAGGGGUUUGCCCAAGGACCGAGACCAGACAGAUUCUUAGGAAAGAAAGGUUUAUUUGCCGGCAGGCUCAGAGAGUGAUAUUAAAAAUCACUGAAUUGUCUGAGCCCCGAACAGAGGCAGCUCAGAUGCUAAAUACAGUUACGCUUCAGUCACAUCACAUGGCAUGAUUGUUCACUUACUAUUGGUGUACUAUGAUUACAUUUCUCUUACAGCAUUGCAACUUCCUCAUCAGGCUUAUCUAUUUGCCCCAGACAAGGUAUUCUAACUAGCACAGCAGAAAUAUGGCUAUUUGUCUUAAGUCAGCAAUCUCAGCUCUAUUCUGAGAACCACAAGAAGUGGGCUUCCUCUUUCUCAGACGUUUCUCAGACAUUGUCUGGCUACUUUGUCAGACUAUGGAAUCCCUGUUAUCUAGA